AUGGUCUUAUAGUAUCAUUGUUUACAAUAAAACUUAAAAUAAAAGAGCUUCUUAGAACUAGUUUUCAACAAGAAUAUCCUAAUGUUUUAGAAACUUUUAAAGCUUCAAAUAGUUGGUGCCAGAGAUUUAUAAAUAGAUAUAAACUUGUAUUUCGGCACUAUACAAAACUUGAGCAAAAACUUCUUUAUAACUUAGCUAAACAAUUAGAUCAUUUUUAUGAAUUUAUUAAAAAGUCACAAUAUAUAAAUAACUAUGAAUUAUUCUCAAAAAUAGUUCAAAUAAGAACUACAGACAAUGAAAAAAAUCAGUUUAUAUAUGUUCUUGCAAUUUUGGCCAAUAGAGCUAAACUUCCUUCCAUGAUAAUUUUCAAAGACAAAAGAUAUUCUAGAGGUCCUUUUCUCUUGGGAUAUUUUACUGAUUCUGUUAAGGCAAAAUAUAAUGAAUUAAACAUGGUUAGAGAUAUAAUUUCCAGUAGACUUACUUUAUUAGUUCAGCCUCUUGAU